AUUAGUUUCAAGGUGUCUUUCCAACUGUGUCAAUGUAUCAGCUGAUAACCCUUUCAAAAUGAGUGAGGUUUCAAUUAUACAAUUAAGAACUACCGUGAUACUUGUCGUUGGACAUCUGAUAACAUUAUCGGAAUCAGUUGGGUCUGUGGAUCGCGAGCUUUCGAAAUUCCUAAAGCAAACUACCAGUAUCGAAGGCUUGGUGGAGGAUACCGUUUUGCGAAAUUAUCUGGAGGAUGCUGUCAAAUUUCGAAUACGGGAAGAACUGUUACAGGUGGCUUCUCCGGUUGAAAAUUGGAAUCAGAUAAAAGAUUGUUUCCAGAACCUAUCCAAGGAUCUACAACUGGUUGUGGGCAAAAUUCAAAAGAACUACGAAGAUUGUCUUUAUGAAUAUUAUCCCAACAAGUUCGAAGAUUGUUUGCCAUCGUCAAUAGAAACGUACGAUAUGCUGGAUGAAAUCUCUAACAAAAUUGAUUUCUGUAUAAUUGAUUAUGGAUAUGUCGGUAAAUUAAAUUAAAUUUUGAAUGAUCAUAAAAUAGAAA